AUGGUCGAUGCUGGUAAAAAUUGUAAAGACUAUAUUAGUGAUACAUUCAAGAAGUAUUAUAAUUAUUUUGAGAGAACUUUCAGCAGAGAAACCCUUUUUAUGGGGAUGAAACAAAGAACUCGGCACAGGAUGCCAAAAAAGGAAGAAGAUCCGAAUGUGUCUUCAAAUGAUGAACCAAAUCUUAAUGAAGAAACUAGAUCCAAUGAUAUUCCUAGAAAUACAGCCCAAUCUGGAAGCAACAAUGAUUUCAAUUACGGCCCACAAAAUCAUUCCAGAAGUUUUAGAAGCAUAGUUAUCGGUUCAACAAUUGCUGGGGCGGCUGUUGGUGUCGGUGUUGGAUAUGCAGUCGCAGGGCGCGCAGGUGCUCUUGUUGGGGGUGUGGUUGGUGCUGUGACUGGUGCUGUGGCCGGAUCCGUUAUUUACGCUUCUCAUGUUGUUGUUAAAACUUGUGAAGCUGUUAUUUCUGCAUGUAAAGCAAUAGAAGUUGUUUGCAAUGUCAUUGCUUCUAGUCUUAAUGAAGUUAAAAAAGCAGCUUCCAAUUAUUGCAAUAAAGCCAAGGAAGGCAUUAAGUGUGCUUGGAAUUGGGCCAAAGGAUGGUUUAGUUAA